AUGUUUUGUUAAACAGACCCCUGAUCGUCCUGUCGAAAAGUGAGAGCGUCCAUGGUUUCAUGAUUCUUGGUAUCAAACUGCUGAUUAAAAGGGUCUAAAUCCACUUGCAAACGCCCUAGUAGAAUUGGUGGAUAAUCCUAAUGGCUUUAACAAAUCUGAUCCCGGCCCGUUUCCUGUGCCUAAUUGCUCAUCUGGUUAUAACUGUCACUCUCAUAUGGUCACGGGAUGCCAACGUACGAGCCUGCCUACCUGAAACCUACACGGAUACAGAGUACAAUACAGUAGAUGUGGCGUUGAUCAUUGGCCUGUCACUGAGUAUCGUAUUCUUGGUCAUUGAGAUUAUUGGCUUUAUGUCUGGUGUCUCAAUGUUCAUUCAUCCAGUUGGUCUUCUGUCCACUACCUGCCAUGCGAGUGCCGCCAUUGCACUAUCCUUCUAUCUCUUUGAGGAGUGGCCAUGCUACAUAUUCUGGUAUAUCUUUGGAUUCUGCAGCGCGUUUCCAGCAUUAGUUGAGAUAGCGGUUUUGAUAGCUGUGCUGGGCCUCAAGAAAGUCAGGUGAUGUUGUCACAUGACUUCAUGAUCAUAUCAGGUGAUCUUCUUCAGCAUAAAGUGAAUCUACUGACAUAACUGACUCUCUUUAGAAAGGAUGUGUCUUGAUAUGACUGUAAUAGAGGUUUAAUCUCUUUGAUGUGAUAGCAGAAAAUCAGAUGAUGAUGUCACAUGUCUUCAGUAUAUCAGGUGACCGGUUCAGUUCAGCAUAUUUGAUUUCCAGAACUGACAUGCAUGGAAAGCCCAUCGUAAUUCAUCAAGUUAGCAUGUUUCUGAUGAAUGUGUCUUAAUAGAAAGUCAGGUGAUAUUGUCGUGUGACUAAGUCAGGUGAUCAUCCUAUAGAGCUUGAUGAUGCUAUUGGAGUAUUGGUCACUGCACUGUACUUGUACUGGAACUAAUCAGGUGAUAUGAUCACAUGACUCAGAAAGUCAGGUGAUCAUCCUAAGAUGAGGGAAAUUGAACAACGUUCAAAACUGAGGGAAGGGAAUAGAUGCCUUGACUAAACAUUGCAAUUGGAAUAUUGAUCACUAUGCUUACAUUAGGAAGAUAAAACCUCCCUUUAUAUGAAGACUGGAGGUAGUCAGGUGUUAAGUCACAUGUCUUCAAGAUAGUCAGGUGAUCAUCCCAAGAUUAGGGAAAUGGAACAAGUGUUAAACUUAGAGAGGAGAAAAUAUACUAAACGUUGCCAUUGGAGUACUGGGGGAGGUUUCACCAACAUUUUAAUUUGACAACAUGUAAGAUCUGACAACUUCCCUUGAUUUUGAUUGGCUGAGAAGUACUGUUACUAGGACAACUGUUGGAUGAAAACAGGACCUGUCGGAUAGAACAUCCAACAAGUCCUUCAUGAAAUGCUCCUUAGAUAUACUGGAGUUUAGAAUCAGGUGAUACAAUCACAUGACCCAGAAACAGUGGUAAUCAUCCUGAGAUGAAGGAAUUUGAACAAAAUUUUACAUGUAUAAAUUGAGAGGAUAGCAAGUUCAUAUAGACUUGAUAUUGUAUUCAGAAUAUUGAUCACUGUGCCUAGUCAGAAGAUAGUAGGAUAAGUCAGGUGAAAAUGUCACAUGACUCCAGGCUGUCAUGUGAUAUCUUUACAGCAAUAUCUUUAUACCAAUUUGCCUGAAGUUACAUCAGAAUGUACCUCAAGUUACUUAAAAGUUGCUGUGUUAAUUGUAAUGGGAGAAUGUCCAGUGAUGAUAUUGUGAACUGUCAAAAAUUGAAUCAAUGUUUAAAAGUUUUAAAAAGAUUUACUGCUGAUUGUUGUUUACCGGUAAUCAGAUAGGGCUAGAUUUUAAAUUCCUUGUUAAAUUUGAAUGCAUAAACAUUCUUUUGAAAUAAAACUGCACAAGUAUUAGUGCUACCUGUUAGUACUACUGAAUCUAUGACCGAUUGGUAAUUAUUAAAAAUGAAUUUUAUUAUACAAUAACAAAAUCUUUAAAAAUAAUUUUUCACCUUGAAUACUUAAUGUAUGUCAUGAAGAAACCUUGCUGAAAUUUUUGUAGAUCAUAUUUCUUCUGUUGUGAUGUUUUGUGUGAUUAAAAUAUAGACUUAACUUA